UUAAUUGAAUUUAGUGAUUCUAGCUGUCAUCAUGAAAAUCUACUUUGCAUUGAUCGGUCUGCUGCUUUGCAGCACUUUGACACUUGCUCAAAGGAGGAAUUGUCCUUCCGUCUGCACUUUGGAAUAUAAUCCUGUCUGCGGAGAGGCCAAUGUUCGAGGACAACAAGUUCGCUGCCAGUUCUCCAAUCCAUGUGCUAUGACUAGCAGUGGUUGUCGCAACGGCAUCAACUGGCGAUCAACUAGCUGUGGAAUUACUUCACCCCAAUGCUCGAGCCUUGUUUAAUAAUAAGAGUUCAAAGAACAACCUUUUAAAAAAAAAACAAAUUUAAAAGAAAUUUUCAUAUUCAUUUGGCUAUUUGUUAUGAGAGGUUUUUAUUAAGCAACUUCCGUUGCUAAUGCACUUCGAUAUAGAUUAUAUAGUAUAUAAAUUGGCAUUAUGCCAUGAAAUUUGAAUUUUCUCAGAAAUAUAUAAAUAGAAAUGCA